AUGCAAUUCGAAAAGCCUGCACAUCAAAAGAAGGCCGAAUACAUUAAGAAGCUUCAUGGUUUGUUCCGCAAAUACCAUAAAGUUGCUGUUGUCACAGCCCAAAAUGUUACAUCAAAUCAACUCAUGAAGAUCAGAGCUGGUGUUUCUAGCUUUGCCGAAGUUCUUUUCGGUAAGAACUCAUUGAUGAGACGUGCUGUUGAUGAACUCAAAAGUGAAAUUCCAAGCAUCACCAAACUUGAAAAGCAUCUUACAAAUGGUGCUGGACUUAUCUUCACAAAUGGAUCAUUCAAGGCAAUCAAAGAAGUCAUCGAUGCAAAUUGCCUUGGUUCAGCUGCAAAGCCGGGAUCAAUUGCUCCUUGUGAUGUCGUUAUCAAACCACAGCGCACAUCAAUCUCCCCAACCGAUAUCAAGGUUCUCCAUGCUCUCAACAUUCAAUGCAAGGUUUUCAAAGGUACAAUCGAGAUAACAGGUGAGAAGCAGCUCAUUUGGGAAGGACAAAAAGUUGGGGCCUCUGAAGCAAACAUUCUUGGAAUGCUUGGAAUCAUGCCAUUCAACUACACUCUCAAGAUUGAAGCUCUUUAUGACAAUGGUUCAAUGUAUGAUCCAAGCUUCCUCUCAAUUAGUGAUGAUUUCCUUGCCCAGAAGUUUGCAGAAGGUCUUUCCAAUGUCACAUGCGUUGCUUUGGGAAUGCAUUAUCCUUGCGCAGCUUCUGCACCACACAUGAUUCGCUCCGCAUUUGUUGACAUUGCUUCAAUUGCCAUUUCUAUCAAUCAUGAUAUGAAACAAAUUGAAACAUUGCAGAAGCUUCUUGCUGAUCCUGAGGCUCUUGCAAAUCUCACAAAGACAACUGAUGCAAAUAAUAACAACAAGAAGAUCGAAGAGCAUCAAGAAGAAGAAGAAGAGCAAAUCGAAAUCGGACCAAUUGACUUCGAUUUUGACUUCUAA